AUGUAUUUUCAACGAGUCCUUCCUUCUCAACCAUCAGCUGUUGUUAUAGCUAUAAUAGUCGGAAUCGUAAUAGGAGGAUUGUUUAUAUUAUGUAGUUGUUUGUAUAGACGACGUCGUCAAAGAGUAUUACCCACUUUGACACCAGCGUCAAGGACUACGAUUCGACCCGGUGCUUCCUAUGAAUCAGCUAAACGAUUGGAAGAGUCAAGUUUGGAAUUUAGAAAUAGAGCUUGGGACGAACCUAUUUCAAAUAUUUAUAAGUCUUCCCA